AUGAGAGUAAUAAAUAUACCACCAAAUCAGUCAACAUCCAAGGGAGGAACACUGGGUCCACAAACGUCUAUCCCGCCGAAUCAGUCCACACCAAAAGGAGCAACACUAGGCUCACAAACGUCCAUCCCGCCGAAUCAGUCAACAUCCAAGGGAGGAACACUCGGCCCACAAACGUCUAUCCCGCCGAAUCGGUCCACACCAAGAGGAGCAACACUCGGCCCACAAACGUCACUACCACCAAAUCAGUCAACAUCUAAGGGAGGAACACUCGGUCCACCAACGUCCAUGCCUUUAAAUGGUGGCCCAACGUCAAUGCCACCGAAUCAGUCAACACCAAAGGGAGGAACACUUGUUCCACAAACGUCAGUGCCACCGAACCAGUCGACACUAAAGGGAGUAACACUCGGCCCACAAUCGUCCAUGCCUUCAAAUCGUUCUCAAACGUCAAUGCCCCCAAAUGGUGGUCAAUCGUCAAUGUCGUCUGGCCAGACAACAGCAAGGGCGGUCACAGUUGGUGCUCAAACGUCAAUCGUGAGGAGUGCCGGUACAACACAAGGAUCAAGUGGUAUUUCUGGUGCUUCGCUUACGGGUGGUGCAACGAGUCUCCCACCAUUGAGCACGGGAACGGUGUCCAGCUUUGUUGGGCGACGGCGGCGUCGAUAUCUCUUUCCGUGA